AUGGAGAAGAAAAGACUUAAUACAUUCAAUCAAACUGCCUAUGAAGAGUUUGCAAGAUCAGAGGUGGCUACGCGAGCCCAGAAAAUGAUAUUUGAUGGAAUUGAUGCUACGGAGGAUCCGGGGGAAAUGAGAAGAGAUGUGCGAGCAUCGAAGUAUAAGGAGAAUGACAAUUCGUGGAGCCCGAGUAAGAGGCAGAAAAGGAAGACUUUGACUGAGGUGCCCGAGGGUAACAUGGAAACAACGAGUAAUAGGCAGGAAAGAAAGGUUUGGGAGAGGUGCCUGAAGGCAACAUGGAAACAAUGA